AUAGAAGGCGACAACGCACACACAACGCCUCAGCCUGAGUACUGUUGCGACUUCUUGGGCGCGCAUAGAUGAUGCGACCUCAAAAACAACUAUUGCAUCACACGUAGUCGAUCGCGUCUAAAUGCUCGCUGCGAGGGCCUCCGCGACUGGCCCAGCCAAACCCCAACUCUACGCGAGCACGCCACCCUCAGCGAGCCCCCCUGCCGGUGGUGGGAUGUGGCGCAGCCUCGCCACCUCGCACGGCCGCUGCUGCCUCCUCGGGUCAGCGCCUCUGCAGCUCUCGCCCAGUCGCUCUCUUAGCCUCGAGCUGCUGCGUCACCGCGUCGACCGAUCUGGGUCGGCGCCGUGCCGAGCAGCAGCUGGCGGCGGCGGUGCUGCCAGCUUUGAGGCGUGGCUGGCACAGAACCCCCUGCCGGGCACCGCUCGCAACAGCAGUAGCAGUAGCGGUGGCGGCAGUAGCAGUAGCAGUAGCAGUGGCAAGGGUGUGGCAUUGGGCGCGGCAUUGGAGUCUCCGCCGGCUUCGCGAGCCCGGCAGCGCAAGGGCAGCGGCGGCGGCGGCGGUAGCAGGCAGCAGCGGCAGUCGGGGCGACCUGAGCAACGCGCGCACGAGUGGCAGCCGCCACCGCCGCCGCCGCCUCCGGCACCUGCAGCGGUGCGGCGGGCGUGGGAGUUCCCGGUGGGCUGCACACGGGAGGUGUUGGAAGCAGUGUUCCUGGGCCGGCACACGCAGCCUUCAGCGCCGUUAGGUCCACCGCCGCCGUCGUCGUCGUCGUCAGCGUCAGCGCCUUCAGCACCUUCAACAUUGUCAUCGCUGCUGACGCCAGCUGCAGUCGAGCCAAGCGGGUCACUCGCGCCGCUGUCACGCACGGCCAAGCCGACAAGGGCAGCAGCGGGGACCCUGCAUGGGCAGGCGGCGGCCGCUGCUACUGCCGCCGCGGCUGCUGCUACUGCCGCCGCAGCUGCAGAGGGGGUGCACUGGGACCCAGAGCGGCGGGCCUUCAGCGCCGGCGGCGUGCGGGUGCUGCUGCCGCGGCUGGCGCCGCGGCCUGGGGCGGCGGGGAGGAGCUCGGGGGGCCAGGAGGGCUGGGAGCUAGGCGGCAGCGGCGGCGGCGGCUUGGGGGCUGUGUGGGGCGUGGCAGACGGCACUGAGGGCCGGAGGCUGUUGCUGUCCUACCUUGACAAGCUGCAGAGCAUACAGCAGGGGCAGCAGCAGCAGGGGCGGCAGCAGCAGGGGCAGGGGCGGCAGCAGCAGGGGCACGGGCCGCAGUAUGGGUGGUCGCCUGCAGGCCUGCAGGCGCCGGCACUGCCGCCUCCAUCUGGGUUGCCAGUAGCAAUGGCAGCCGGCGGCGGCGGUGCGAGCAGCGGCGCUGCGGCGGUGCAGCUGGGGGCCCAUCGGCAGCCAGAGGAGGGCACGCAGGGCGUGGAGGUUGGGGAGGUGUUGAUGGCGGCAUUGGAUGAGGGCCUGUAUGAGGGGAUGGUGGAGGGCAUGGAUGAGGAUGAGGAUGAGGUGGAGGAGGAUGCUGAGGACGAUAGCUUGUUGAUGCAGCUUCUACUGGAGCAAGCGGGGGAGCAUGAGCUGGGAGCGGAAGCAGGGGAGCCGUGGGCAGUGGGCAGUGGUGCCAGUCGGAACGGCAAAUGCAGCAGCAGUAGCAGCGGCAGCGGCAGUAGCAGCAGGGGUGGACGGGCCAGUGAUGGCGGCGGUGCCGCCGGCCCGCUGCUACAGCCUGUCAACACAGGCAUGGUGCUGCUGAGUGCGGACAGUGCGGUGGUGGCGGUGUGGCUGGGCGGGCGGCUGUUGCGACACCGGGUGCACACAGGAUACACGGUCAGGCACAGCGCGGGCGGCUCUCAGGAGCGACACGACCGCACCGGCGGCGGCGCGCGCGGCGCGGGCGCCGCACUCCGUCGCGCCGAGGUCGUCCGCCUGUGGAGCGCCGUCGCCGCCACCCUCAACGCCUGGGCGCCGGAGCUGUCGGCGUGUGAGGUGCUGGGGGAGGGGGAGGGGGAGGGGGAGGCGGCGGAGGCACCGAGGCAGGGGUGACGGCGCCGGAGGGAACGCGGGCGCAGGUGUGGUGGCAGAUGGCCUGGCGAGUGCGGACCUGUCAGCGUUGGUCCCGAAAUGCAAUUUUGUGAGCGAAGGUGAGAGUGAGGAGUGGUGUGUACAUGACAGGACAGAUAGCGGCAUGUGGUGAGAAUGUGGAUAUGUGGAUGCAAAUGCGAGCGUCGCAGACUGGCGGGGAGUGUGUGAGUGUGGUUGAUGGCGCGGCGUGUGUGGAUCCAGCUGUGAUGGACCAGCGGCAGUGGAUAGAGUCCUUGAGGAGGCGUGGAACACGAGGAACGACACGGUGGAGCAGGGAGGAGUGUCACUGAAAUGCUUAAAUGCUUGCUUGCGAAUGCGAGUGCAGACGGCAGCGGAGGCUGUUGUUGCUUGCAAGCAGUGAACGCGGUCAGCAGAACGCACUGAGUGCACAGUGAACAGGAGUGAUGCCGAGGCUGGAGUACUUGAGGAGCGGCAGGCCUCGGCCACUUGAUGUUACCAUUUAACUUUAGAGGAGGCGUGGACAUGCACGAAGACUGUGAAGUCCAGAACGCGUGCUUUUAUUGACGUGCGUUGCGGAACUAAUGCAUACACAGACCAGAGCGGAAUGCGGAGUGGGCUUCUCCAGGCUUG